UGCGCGGCGCCGCUCAUGGGCUUUCCAGUGGAGACUCGACGAAAGCUCCACUGUCUUUUCGUUCACAACUCAAGUUUCACUGUAACGAGACGAAAUGCGACCGUGGUAUCCAUCCGCGGAGUAUUUCUUCAAGAAAGUUAAACGCCUACGAGAUCGUAAGGACAUUUAACAAGAAGAUAUAGAGAGAAAAGACGAAGAAAAGCUCCGUCGCGGUAUGUCCUGGUGCGCGAUAUAUAUGUAUAUAUCGUGAUCGAAAUUUUGGAACAGCGUGCGACGAUAUUCGGGGACUGAAAAGGAAUUUACAGAGGUCCGCGAUGUGUUUCCUUUGCCGUUAGUUAUUCGUCUAUCUCUGCGUGUACGAGCACUUUGUUUUUGAUUGAUCGAUAAGCCGUGAAUUAGGUCGUCCACGAGUCGCGCCCUGAACAGAAACAUACGCAUACAAUUUGUGAACAGAAAGUUGAAAAAAUAUUCUAAAUUUGGUGUUCGAAAACGAGCAUCAAUCGACGUGUUCGACGAUAUUAUAUGUCUUGAGCAACGUCGACGUAUAUGAUGAAAUUGCAGCUGCUUGUAAUCGAAACGGAUUACUGCUGGAGGAAAGCGUUGCUUAGGAUGGUAUUGGACCCCAAGGUCACGAGUCUGCACAGUGAUUACGGAAGCUUCGAUCGACCAUUGGGCGCCGGAGAGGGCCACGAGAGGGACGUGGAGGCGACGGUUGAUGGAAGUAGCAACGGAAUGGCACAAUCGAGCGACGUUUAUCAACGGCAGCCAUUAUUACCUGGUGCACCGACCAAGGGCAAGGAUAAGUGGUCCGGGGUGGCAUCUGGUUCCGACUAUUACGUGGAUGACGAGGACGAGAAGAUCGACAGUCUUAGCCGGCAUCCUGGCAUACCGAAUGGCUCUGGAAAUGGUGUCGUUAAGCUCGACAUACCCGCGCCUCUUCGGGAAGAGCCCCGUUUUCCUAAAGAGAAGUGGAAAACGUUUCUUGCAUUUCUGUUCAUGGUCGUGAACUUCAUAUUGACUACUGCGUCCCUUGCAAUGGUCCACGAACGAGUCCCUGAUCGAAAUACAUACGGGCCGCUCCCGGAUGUAGUGUUGGACAAUGUCGCCGCUCAGGAUUGGGCCCUUAACGUGUCGGAAGUUUUAAUUAUGAUAAUGUCCAACUCAGCGAUGGUUUUUAUUAUUUUUCAUAAACAUAGGUUUAUCGUUGUUAGGCGAAUAUUUCUCUUGAUGGGACUGUUGUACAUGAUGAGGAGUAUCACAAUGUACGUGACGGUACUGCCUGUCGCCAGCAAAACGUAUUUCUGCAGUCCUAAAGCAAACAAUACGAGUCCGCUCCUCGUUAUAAAAAGGGUUUUGCAGCUCAUUUCUGGCUUCGGCUUGUCUAUAAAUGGCAAGCACACUUACUGCGGGGACUACAUUUACAGCGGUCAUACAGUCGUGCUUGUACUUAGUUACCUGAUUAUAAAGGAGUAUUCUCCAAGAAGGUGUCAACCAAUUCAUUGGCUUGCGGGCAUUACUGUUUUUGUUGGGGUAAUUAUGGUCUUGGUGGCUCACGGACAUUAUACCGUGGACGUCCUCAUAGCAUACUACGUAACUACACGCUUAUGGUAUAUCUAUCAUACGUUAGCUAAUAAUUCGCAUCUUAAGCAAUAUGAACCAAACAACUUUUUGGCCCGACUCUGGUGGUUCCCUAUUUUUAAAUAUUUCGAGAAAAACGUGGGCGGCACGGUGCCACGACAAUACGACUGGCCUUUACCCUGGCCUCGACGAUUCCUUGCCAAGCACCCUAAUCGGGACAGUUAAUGUCUGUCUUUGAUUUCGCGAUAGAGGCUGUCAAACAACGGAGUUACUUUGUUGUAAUUUGUAUAUAUAUAAACAUAUAUGUAUACGUAUCUAGGCUUACAAAAAUGUGAAGAUAAAGCUUUACUAGAGAGUGGUGCGAGAGAUGUGUGUGCAAGUUCUUGUCAUUGUAGACGAGUAUAUUUGCUCUUUUGAGACUUGACGAAAACUUGCGGUGUUCACUUCCUUAAAAAAAAAGCAAAA